UGCAAUUUUUCAACCAGAGUCGCACAAGAUGAGGUUAUGAAGAGCUAAUAAAAGUUGACUCGAGCAGUUAAUUAGCAUACAAACUCAAUAAACCGGUUGUUAUUAGAGAGCUGAGUGAAAUAAAGAAAAUAAUACAGGGUAAAUUAUAAAGGAUUGAACAUUUGAAAUUAAGACGGUUCAUACUAUUAUUACUUUUUUUUUUUUUUAGACUCGGAGAACGUGCAAAGUAUAUAUAUUACUCCGGAAAUUUUUCAUAUUCUUUAUUCUUUUUCUUUUUCCCAUACAUCGAUAUUUUCAACAAUAUAAUGUCUGAUUCAGCUUCUGUAAAGCCUGCCGGUAGAACCAUUUUAGCUUCAACAAUUGCUAAACCAUACACGGAAGAAAUCACUGAAAACGUGAGUAAGCUUUCAAUUACUCCUAAAUUGGUUGGAUUUUUGGCUAAUGAUGACCCUGCUGCAGAAAUGUACGCUAAUUGGACCGGUAAGACCUGUCAGUCUUUGGGGUUUGAUUACGAGUUGAGACAAGUUGAUAAAAAUGAUUUAGAAGGAGCUCUUAUCAAGGCAAAUAAAGACGAUCAAGUUAAUGGUAUAAUGGUUUAUUUCCCAGUGUUUGGUAAUAACCAAGAUCAAUAUUUACAGCAAUUAAUCUCAACCGAAAAAGACGUCGAAGGUUUAAACUUCUUAUACUACCACAACUUGUACCAUAACGUAAGGUUCUUGGAUCCUCCAGCAAAUGAACAAAAAUCGAUUUUACCGUGUACUCCUUUGGCAAUGGUUAAAAUCUUGGAAUAUUUGGGGGUCUAUAAUAAACUCUUACACUACGGUAACCGUUUAUACGGUAAGAAAGUCCUUGUUGUUAACCGUUCAGAAAUCGUCGGCCGUCCUUUGGCUGCUUUAUUAGCAAACGAUGGUGCCACAGUCUACUCGGUCGAUAUCAAUAACAUCCAACAGUUCACUAGAGGUGACGACUUAUCGGAACAAAGGCACAAAGUCAUAGAAUUAGACUCCUCCGAAUACUCUGUCGAAAACCUCGCUCCUACCUGUGAUGUAAUCAUCACUGGGGUUCCUUCUGACAAGUACAAAUUUCCUACCGAAUACGUUCGUAAUGGUACCGUGGUAAUUAACUUCUCCAGUGCUAAAAACUUCAACGACGAUAUCAAAACUAAAGCAGCCUUAUACGUUCCCUCCAUCGGUAAAGUCACCAUCUCCAUGCUCUUAAGAAACCUACUCAGAUUAAUUGACAAUAAGAACAUUAGAAGACUAAAGGACCCCCAAUCUAAUUAGACUAAGUCAUCGGGAUCACGUGAUACAAAAAUCAAAACGAAUAAAAACAUCCGCACACCACAAAUCACGUGUGCGGUCGAGUCAACCUCUUCGUUUUUUUUUCUCACAUCAUGACUCUUCUCUUCGAUUUUUUUUUUUUUUUGACC